CGCCGGGCGGGGAGGGGCGGGCACAGCGGCCCGCCGCGGCGGAAGGAGCCCGCCGGCCGCAGCCCGGCUCCCGGCGCUGCCCGCGCGCGGUGAGGCGCAGCCCCCGCGGCUCCGCGCACCUGCCGGGCCGCCCCCCCGCCGCGGGCCCGGGCACAGGCACCUGCCGGCGCCGCCCGCCGGGCCUCCCGCACCUGCGCCACCCCCCUGCCGGGCCGGGCCGGGCCGGGCCGGGCCGUGCGGCGGCGGCCGCCGUUUCUCGGCGGGCAGGGCAUGGCGGUGCGCUGAGAUGAAAGUGACCGUGUGCUUCGGGCGGACGGGGAUCGUGGUGCCCUGCAAGGACGGGCAGCUCCGCGUGCGGGACCUGACCCAGCAGGCCCUGCAGCGCUACCGCAAGGCCCAGGAGAAGGAUCCAACUUCCUGGGUAAAUAUUCACCACCUGGAAUAUACAGAUGGAGGAAUUCUGGACCCAGAUGAUGUGCUGGCAGAUGUUGUGGAAGACAAAGAUAAGCUGAUUGCUGUUUAUGAUGAGGAAGAAACUCAGCGUAAGACUGAUGGCACCAAUGGCAAUUUGACAGACAGAAAUAGCCCAGGCUCUUUUGAGACCGAGGUAGCGGCUCAGCUAGCAGCCUUUCAGCCAGUUGGUGGUGAGAUUGAAGUGACUCCUUCUGCCCUAAAACUGGGCACGCCACUUCUAGUACGAAGGAGCAGUGAUCCAGCUUUGGGCCCACCUACUGACUUCCACCGAAGUGCUUCUCAUCCCAGUGACCACAGUCUCAAGCGUGUUGUGGCAGGUGCUUCCCAGGUAUCCUUUCAGGAUGCGGAGAUGAACCUCACUGGCCCCACAGAACUGUUGUUGGCUCAGAGGACCUGGCUCCCUAUCAGUGAAAUGACAAAAACAGUGGAGAUUUCUGGGGAAGGUGGACCCUUGGGAAUACAUGUAGUGCCCUUUUUUUCAUCUUUGAGUGGAAGGAUGCUGGGACUCUUCAUCCGUGGUAUUGAAGAAAAUAGCAGAUCGAGGCGUGAUGGACUUUUCCAUGAAAAUGAAUGCAUUGUGAAGAUUAACCAUGUGGACCUUACAGAUAAAACCUUUGCACAGGCUCAGGACAUCUUCCGUCAGGCAAUGAAAUUUCAAAGUGUCAUCUUGGAAGUCCUCCCUCCAUGCAAUCGAGAACAAUAUGAGAAGUCUGCUAUUGCUCCUCUUUGUUUUCUGGAUAAUGAAGAAGGAGUUCCAAAAAUAAAGAUUCCACCUCCUGUUCAUCCAAAACCUGCUCUGAAAACAAUUAAUCUUUCUGGAGCAAGCACCCUGGAGUCAGGGGUACAGGCAACACUACAACAAACUAAGAGCCCCAACCUCACACGUCUGGGUAGAAAAUCAUCUUCUCCCUCGCUGUCUCCCCUUCUGGGCUUUGGCAAUAAAAAAAAUGCAAAGAAAAUAAAAAUAGACCUGAAAAAAGGUCCAGAAGGACUUGGAUUCACUGUGGUUACCAGAGACUCUUCAGUACAUGGUCCUGGUCCAAUUUUUGUGAAGAAUAUUUUACCAAAAGGUGCAGCAGUAAAAGAUGGUCGUUUGCAGUCAGGAGACAGAAUCCUGGAGGUGAAUGGACGAGACUUCACUGGCAGGACCCAGGAAGAGCUCGUAGCUGUGCUGAGGAGCACAAAGCAAGGGGAAACUGUCUGUCUGAUUGUGGCUCGUCAGGAGGAAGCCUUUCUACCUCGAGAGCUGAAAGGAGAGCCAAACUGCAGCAUUCUUUCUCCAGAAACCACAGAGCAGUUGACCUUUGAGAUUCCUUUGAACGAUUCUGGCUCUGCGGGACUUGGUGUGAGCUUAAAAGGCAACAAAUCUCGGGAGACUGGAGCUGAUCUUGGGAUUUUCAUCAAAUCUGUUAUUCAUGGAGGUGCUGCUUUUAAGGAUGGUCGUUUGCGAGUAAAUGAUCAGCUUGUUGCAGUAAAUGGGGAGUCACUUCUGGGCAAGUCAAAUCAUGAGGCUAUGGAAACACUGAGACGCUCCAUGUCCAUGGAGGGGAACAUUCGAGGGAGGAUCCAGCUGGUAGUUCUCCGGAGAAUAGAGGUGCAGACGGAGGAGCGCUCAGACCAGGGAGUCUUUCAAAAAUCAGCCUGUGACAGGAGUCAUAACUUUGCAGCUGCUUCCCAACGCAAUGAUACUGUUCUUCAGCAGUUUGUAACAUGCAGUCCUCAAGAAAGAAUAAAAGAGUUGCCAGUGUCUGAUCGUGGCAGUGGUGAAAAUGAAACCCCUCCACCUCUCCCACCUCAUCCCAGUGAGGAUCUGCUGAAUGAGGAUUAUAAUCAUAGCCCUAUCAUAAAUUCAGCAGUGCAUUUAACAGAUCAGCACAUCAACUUCAGAUCUUUGACACCAGCCAAGCAGUCUGAAUCAAUUAAUCUGAAAGCCUCCAAAAGCAUGGAUCUGGUGGCAGAUGAAAGCAAAGUUGGUUUGUUGGCCGGACACAAAUCGGACUCUCCUGGCAAAGAUUUUGGUCCUACUCUGGGAUUGAAGAAGUCCAGUUCUCUUGAGAGUCUUCAGACUGCUGUGGCUGAAGUUAGGAAGAAUGAACUCCCUUUUCACAGACCCAGGCCUCACGUGGUCCGUGGUCGGGGGUGUAAUGAGAGUUUCCGAGCUGCCAUUGACAAGUCCUAUGAUGGACCUGAAUACGGAGAAGAGGAUGGUUUCUCUGAUAAGAGCUCUCACUCUGGUCAAGAAGCUCAGAACAUGGAAUCUGCCCCUUCAGGGAACCCUGAAAUAGAAGAUGCAGAAACCAAAGCAAAAAAAGACAAAAAAAAUAGAGAGAAAGAAAAGAAAAAGGAAAAGGGCAAAUCUAAAAACAAAGAGAAGAAAAGGAAGGAAGAAAACGAAGAUCCAGAAAAGAAAAAGAAGAAAGGCUUUGGUGUCAUGUUGAGAUUUGGAAAGAAAAAAGAAGAUAAAAGUGGGAAAACAGAUCAGAAGGGGAAUCCAAAGCAAGACGUGCUUAAAGAGGAGGAGCUGGAGAAAAUGAAAGAUGAACGUGAAAGGAUUGGUGCAAAGCAUCAAGAGUUACGGCAAAAGCAGCUGAGAGGCCUGAGUGAUUAUUCUACUGGUCCUGGAGGACCUGACAUUGAUGAUGAUGAGGUGGAUCCAAAUUACGCCAGAGUAAACCACUUCCGAGAGAUUUAUCCUGCAGCAAGCAUCUACAGGCCAUCAUCACCAGCAGUAGCAGAAACCUUUGUAUAUCCACAUGAUUCUUCUUCCGCACCAAUGGAGAGGGAGCACUUGGAAGGACUGUAUGCAAAAAUAAACAAGCAGCACUACCCACAGACUCCAGGUGACAGUGGCUGCGCAGGUGGUGGGAAUGCUGAUCGUAUCCAGAAGUUACGGAAGGAGUACCAUCAGGCCAGGCGAGAAGGCUUACCUUUCUACGAGGACGAUGAAGGAAGAACACAGCCAUCUGAUUAUGACCAGCAUUGGGUGCCUGGAAAAGGACCAGAUGGGAGCUCAUACAGUCUUCACUUUGAGGGGAUGGAAAGGCAGUAUGCAUCCUUACCCAGGCGUGGACCUGCAGAGCCACUGGAAUAUUUAACAGGGCCACGAGUAAUAUACAAAGAGAGAGAUCUUCCCUACUACCAAGGAGGACAGCCUGUUGUCCACCCGUCUAAGGGGAACUACAUGCGUGUGCCAGACACAAGAGUGGCAGAAUUGCGGUACCCCCAGUACUAUCCAGCCCAGCCUGUCACAAACCAGCAUAAAGGACCCCUCCGGCAGGAUGUGCCACCUUCCCCUCCUCAGUCCCACCGAGCACCAGCUUACAAUGAAAUUGUCCGACACCGUGGGACCAGUCCAGACCAGUACCAGUACAGACAGCAGGAUCCCAGGCAGAAGAACCCCAUGACUGCAGCUGUAUAGCCACACACUGGACUGGCCAGCACAGCCCAGGAGGAAUCCCGUUGGACAUCGUCCUUGUAAAGUUGUUCCCAAGCGUAGCUGCCUGUAAGAAUGGCACACGAGACCUGGAGUCGUUCUUACUGAGCUGGGCUCAGCGUAGGUGCUUUCUAACAGGCAAUAUAAAGCCACAUGAGGUACGAUGUGUUUUGAGUAUGUGAGGUACAGACAGUUGAGUAUUUUGUAAUUCCUUUUAAAAAUAGAAAGUGGCUGCUAGAAAUGAAGCGCAACACUUAAUACACCUCAGGGCUAUUAACCGAAUCCAGUUACACCUAUACAGUACGUAGCUGUCUGUAUAAGGGCAGAGUUUACUUCAGAGUGCUGUUGAAGAGCUUUUAAGCGAGAACGCAGCAUGCAGUACGGACCUCGUGCAAAGCCGGGGAUCUUGUGUAAUCCAGUGUGUGAUCAUGAGUUGACAAGGGACUGCUGCGAAGGUAGCAGCCACAUUCCAGGCAUGUUCAGACCAGCAGCUCUGUGCUUUAAGGAUGCUGCAGUUCCACAUUUGUAAUCUGGCCUCUGUCUUCCUCUUUCUGUUUGGUGGUGCCAGCAUUUAUCUUGUAGCCUUCAUUUUUUGCAGUUUGUGUAGCGAGCUUCUCCUCUUACUGCACCUACUGCGUUUGGAGUAAGGCGUGAAGUUUUAGCUGCCGUGCUUGGGCAGGCUCACAGAGGACAAGGCAGCCGCCCACCUAAGUGUGUGUCUCUAGAUGUGCGUGUGUGUGCGCUUGUGAGUGUUUCUUAGUGCGCACUCUUUAAACGUAAACCUCGGAGAUCAGAUCCUCAGCUGCUGCCAAUGUGUCGCUCUCGGGGUUUCAGUGGAGCUGGCCUAUAAGAAGUGGCUGAGGCAGUGACCGCGGGCACGGACUCCGUAAUUCGUAUUAAGUUCCUGUAUCAGGUCUUGCCUUGGCUCCGGCAGGGCAGCCCCUUCCUGGCCGGGGCUGUGGCGCAGUGCCUGCCGGCAGCGUGCCCUGCCCUCGCCAGCCUGCCGCCGCACCAAGGCACCUGUCGGUGCGGGGGCCACCCUCGGUGCCCCCAGUGAAGCUCAGCCUCAGGCAGUGCCAGGCCAGUGCCAAGUGCCAAACUACUCGAGUUCCUGCAGCCAGGGGCCAGCAGGGAAAGGGGGUUUUCACAGCAAGGGGUGAGGGAAAAGGCAAGGGAAAGCAACAGGGAGGGCUUCAAGACCCUGGGGCCCAGAAGGAAGAGGAGGGAACAGCUGUUUGUAGCAAGUUGUUUGCAGCAUUGCGUAGGAAGAGAUGUGCGGAUGGGGAGAGGGGGCCAGCAGCGCAGCAGGGCUGGGGGGACAGGGCAGUGCUGUAUGUGCCUGGCCCUUUGCCCUGCGCAGCCUGAGUUUGCUCUGCAGCCAGCCAGCCUGGGAGGAGGUCAGAAACAUGUGGGACCUGUGCUACCUGGCCUAACAGCACUGUGGAUGCUCAGAGAUUUGUCUCAAGGAUUUUGUCACAGAGAAACCUUACAGACUUGCCACCUAGAAGUAUAUUUUGUGAAGUUUUCAAGUGUCCUUAAUUCCUCUACUUCUGCCUUUUGGGGAGUGUUGUUAAACUGUUUGGGCUUCUCUCUUCAUCAGGAGAAACUGGCCUGGCCCAGGAUUAAGCACAAGAGUUUCUUUGAUGUCUUUUUGACACCUUUGGUAUGCAACAGAUUAAAUCACAUAGGUCACUUCCCAGGUAUUAAAUACCACGAGGAAGGUUUGUCCUUCUAGGAGCGUGUCCCUUUACUAGAUACCCCUGGGAAAAGGGCUCGUUAGAGUAAGAGGUCUGGAAGGUGCAGGGCAGGGUGGGUCUGUGCACUGCUGCUUUCCAGGGGCCACCCCAAGCAGAUGAUGGCCCUGAUGAGAAGCAGCAUUUAAUCCCAGGCAACGUUUCUGCUGCUAAUGCUGUUGAGAGACUGGCAUAACCCUGAGGCACGGGAGCACGUGCAGCUGCCAGGCUGGCCAGCAGGCUCUAUCCUUUGCUUUCACACUGAUCUCUACCCAUCAGCGGGACUGGGAAGCAGGGAAGAGGAGACAGCUUUGGGGUGGUGGAGGAACAUCUCCGUGAUUCAGAUACAGGGCUGGACUCCCUGGGGCAGGGGCAGACACAGCUCUGAAUCCAGUCAGGAAGAAGCAUUGGUGGGAGGGAGGGAGAGGAAUGCACAGAUUAUGAAGCAACUGCAUUCGGUUCUUGUUCCAUUUCUUUCUGCCCUCUUCCCUAGUAAUGUAAGAGGGAAAAACCUCUGGAGGGAGGGUUGGAUGUAAAGCUGGAUGUCUCUUGGUACCCUCCAUAAAUAAGGCACAUUCCCUGAGGAAACUCAUCCUGUCGUGUACGUGCUGUACACAGCCUUGUACUUCUCUCAAAGAGUUUUAGAUGCUGUAGGAUAUUCAGCUAGGACUUGGCAGCCACAGGGUAGCCACUGGAGUUAUGAAGGCCCGCUGAAAGUGAAGCAAAAACAAAUUAAAAUACUUUCCCUCCUUGAAAUAUAACCCCUGAUACAUUUGAUCCAGCUGUAAAGAAACUAAUAUGGUUGCGACAGUGGCUUUAUCAAGCCAGGCCACAAUUAAGAACAGCUCUGAAUAUAAGCUACUGCCUUUAUAAAUCACUCUCAACUAACCCUUCAAAUGGCAUCACAGCACAGUGAACAGAACUUAUUUACAGUAUUUCAAGAGCCAGGGCCAAAUAAAAUCUGGAUGGAAACAGCUCCUGGGUUAUUUAUAGCCUUUGAAGGACCUGCACGAUUGUCUCCCUGUAACCUGAAUCUCUCCUUAAGACCUCCCCUUGACUGCAUCGGCUCCACUCAGUUGAGGCGGACAGAUCAAACGAACACCUUCUGAGCUGUUAAUCUUACCCAACAGGUUAUUAAAUGAUGCUUCUGCUGUUAGACCAGUACAGAGCUUCUUCCAAAAAAAAAAAAUAAAUGCUACAAGUAUAAUAUAUGGAUGCAUCCUACAGGUGAGGAGCUAAGGAGGAAGAACAGUCUGACCUAGCUAGGGGAACAAGACCAAAAAGUAUUACGGAGCACCUCAUCAAUCUCUGGUGCCAUUGUUCUGGGAGAAAAUUGCCAUUUGCUGGUUUAAUAUCUGGUAGAGGUAUGGUAUUUUCAAAAGUAUGAUGUGUAACUACAGUAUAUAUAGUCAGCUUCUCUGCAGUGUAAAAUGUAUGAUUUUAGCACCAUAUUGUGGAAAAAUAUGUACCGUGCAGAAUUCACGAGGUGCUACAACUGACGGUUGAAAAUACACACUUGCAAAAUCCAAAAGAGCCGUUAAGUAACAAGUUGUUCUUUUCCCCAUAUGUCCAUAUGUUUGGGAAAAUUAUGAGUCUGAAAAGCUCUUGACAUGUAAUUGCCUCGCACUCCCUCAUCCAAAAUGUGCCAGUCCAGCAGCAAAGUUACUGACGUAGCUGGUGUGAAGGGAGAGUUUGGGUUUGCCACCAGAGCAGCGUGCCGUGAGUGUGCGUGUGAACAGGAGUCAAGACAAGGGGGAGAGGGGCCCGCUUUCACGUGAAGCUGGAAGCUUUGAUUUCCUGAGCUGGUGGCAUGCAGCCUGCAUCUCUGGCUCUGGCACAGGGCCAGCCGGGCCCAGCAGUUGAAAGAUUAAGAGAUAGAAAAAGAGCCUGUGGAUUUUCUGAGUGACCACCCACUAGUGAGCCAUGAUCUUGGCCCGUGAGCAGACGUUACCACUGUGAUAUAUUAAGAUGCAGAAGUCUCUAGGCACCCCUCAAAUGCAUAAAGAGAUAUCAGUUGCCCUUUGUGGAGGGAAAAAAAAAGGGGGUAGGGAACUAAGCAUUAAAAAAAAAAAAAAGGCUCCUGCCUUGAAAAAGUGCAUGCAGCCCUGAAUUCUAAUUCACUCCAGCUUCCUGAUCUAGAAAUAGCUUCACAUGCUGCCUAAUUUUUUUACAGAUGAAUUGUGCUACCUCCUCCUCCCAGCCAUCACAGAUUUGUUUAUCAGAGAGUUAGUGCUGUGAGUGAAUCCUACUGACUGCUCUGCCAGGGCCGCAUCCUGACGCUGCACUGAGCAGGGACUGCUUUGCACUUCCAAAAGGCCCUACACCUGUGCUCUGUCACAGCUGUUCUGCAGAGUCUCUUAAGCCUUGCAUGCAAAAUCGGAAGCGCUAUUUGCUAUCUCUGCAUAGAAAAAAAGGCUUUAUAAGACACUAUUCUGUUAUUGCGAGGGAGAGAGAGGUGUUUGUGAUCCUGGCAAUACCUGUGUGUUUAAGUGAAACUGAUUUGAAAAUUGCGUGUGAUUGUCUUGGGGGAGAAAUUCAACACACAAUUUGAAAAGUUUUUUCUAGUACCACAUCAAAGAUUUUGAUCUUUUGUUACAUAUGGCUAUAUAAAUUUUACCUGUUUUAUUUUGCAUUAAAAUAAAGGCUUUAAGACUAUA